GUGAAAGGAACUUCCGGUUAAAGUCUAGCUUUGAGUACUUCUAAGUUGACAAAGUAGGGGCUCUGAAUUCCUGAAAUACUUGCAGGACUCAGAGCUGGAAGGGGUCUUAGAAGUCAUUUAUUUUACAGAUGAGAGGAAACUGAGAUAUCACCUCACAGGGCCAUUGUGAAGAAAGUCUUUUGUUAAAGCACUAAAUGAAAAUCUUUGUCAUUGACACUAUCCUUUUUAGUGAUGCUACAAGACAGAAAGGAAUGGAUAAAAACAUGGGAGAGCAGCUCAAUAAAGCUUAUGAAGCCUUCCGUCAGGCAUGCAUGGACAGAGAUUCUGCUGUAAAAGAACUACAACAAAAGCAGACUGAAAACUAUGAACAGAGAAUACGUGAACAACAGGAACAGCUGUCACUUCAACAAAGUAUUAUUGACAAGCUAAAAUCACAGUUACUUCUUGUGAAUUCCAGCAGAGAUAAUCUCCAUGGCUAUGUACCUAUGUUGGAAGAGAGUGAAAAAAGGAAAACUGACAAGCCUCUUAAUGUAACUUUUGAUCAACCCUAUGACAAAGUGAAAUCAGGAAUACCAAGAGAAAAACAUUCAAAGAAUAUUCACUUCAGAAACCACUAUUUUGAUCAACUACCUACACUAAUGUACUUCAGUUUGAUGGGCAACAAGCAUUUAGUAAAAAGACCAGAGACUUCACCUAGACAGGAAAAUUUUCCAGGGAAUCCUGACUUUUCUUUAUUCAAUAAAAGGGAAGAAAUAGAGAAGACUUUCUAUGAAAUGAAAGAAGAAUUCCAUAGGAUAUGCAUGUUAGCAAGAGCACAAAGAGAACACUUAAAUAGACUUAACAUUCAAGAACCUAUACCUGAAAUACAAUUCUCUAUGCCUAUACAAUGUACUGAUGAACAACAAACAGAAGAACCUUUGAAACCUCAGGUAAAGGAUGUUAUAAAUAGAGGAUCAUCAUGCAUCACAUCUAUCACACCAAGAGGACUGGGCCAAGAAGAGGAAGACAACUCUUUAGAAUCACUUUCUAAAUUUAAUGUUAAGUUUCCACCUACAGAUAAUGACUCUACUUUCUUGCAUAGCACUCCAGAGAAACCCCAAGUUAUGGUUCCAGCCAGAACUGAGCCUGUGGGUCAGGAUAAAUUUGACAGGGAACUCAGGGACAGUUCAGUGGCCUUUGUUAAACCAGAAGGUACAUUAUUUGAAAUGAAUAGAAUUGACCUCAUAACUUCAGCAAUGCAAAACAUUAAAACUUCUGACAAGACAAAACCCUCACACCCCACCGAUACAUGUACGAAGAAAACUCUGGAAAAAGCAGCAUGUUUGCCAGUUGGAGACCAUGAUAUCAUAUAUGUAAAUACGUUCCUCCAAGCUCAGGACACCUCAGAGGUACUGUUCGCAUCACCAGAUUCCCCAGGAAGAGCUGUCCGAGGACCACAGCAGCCCCUCUGGAAGCCUUACCCUAAUCAAGAGAAUGACUUAUUGGCACUAAGUAGUACAGACUCAGAACUGCACAUACCUCAAGUAUGUGAAUUCUGUCAAGCAGUUUUCCCACCAUCAAUUACAUCCACAGGGGAUUUCCUUCGACAUCUUAAUUCACACUUUAAUGGAGAGUCUUAAGACAUUUUUAAGACAGACAUGGAUGUGGAAUUUUAUGCAGUGAUUUUUGGUUUAUAAUCCUAUAAAUACUUGAUUGUAAAUUUAAAUAUUCAUGUAAAGCUUUUAGAAUGGAUGUUUAUAAUAUGACUUAUUGCUCUAGGUGUUUAGAUUGUUUUUCUAAACAUUUUUAAACUUUUAUUUUAUAAUCAUUUAAAAGACCACCUCAUUAAAAAAAAACCUGUAAUUUAGUGUAUUCCUGGUUAUGGUGUCAUUACUGGAAGCCAAUCUUACCUGUGUAAUUUAGAGUAGUAUAAUUAAAUGUAGCCUCAAAUAUCUAAGCAUAUUGCUUGGAUGACUAGUAGACAUUUUCAAUUUGAAAAUGGCAAAUAUUUGUAAAGGAAUCUUUUUGUUCAAGUAGCUACAAUAUUUAUGCUGUAUGGAAUGGUCUUUUCAGAUAGACUUAUAGUAGACAAAUAGGCAUUGAAAUCUAGAGUAAAAAGUCAAGUCUAAGACAUUUGUUGUCUGGUGGUGAAAAUUUUUACUUUGGUCUAACUGUAUAAUUAUUUGAUUUUUUUAAUAGAAGACUUGAUUGGCUUUAUUUUGAUAAUCUGUAUAGGCUUAAUUUUAUGAUGCACAUAUACAUGUCUAUUUGAUAGAAAUGUACUAUUAAAUAUCAAAUUUGUUACUUUUGCUGUGACCCAUAUUAACAAAAAAAAUUGUAUAUCCUCUUUCCAUAGGGGACACUCCUUGGAAAGAAAUAUUUUACUUUUAAUGUGCCUUUUUAAAUGCCUGUUUUCUUUCUAAUAACCAAUUGAAGGAGUAAUGAUAAAGUCUAGGGAAAGUAUUAA